AUGCCGCUUGCUGAAAUUGAAGGCGGCGCGCCGCGAGAAGACGUCCUCCUCGCUUCAUUGGUCAUUUUCAUGGUGGCCUUCUCGGGCCUUCUAUUCAACAUUGUCGGAAUUAUAGUGGUGCUCAAGAAUCCGAUACUGCGCAACUCGUUCGGCACAAUGUGCCUGAGCCAUUCGAUCGCCGACUCGGGUGUCUUAUUAGUAUUUUUCGCGUGGGCCGCGCCGGCGACCUAUGUACAAUCGAUGAAAAUUGAGGGGAUGCUCAAUAAAAUCCUCGGCCAAAUCAAUAUCAUGUUCUGGGAUGUUUGCGUUUAUUCGCAUCUGAUGAUCUCAAUGAAUCGAUUGAUAUCAAUUUUAUCGCCAUCGAAUGCGGGUAGGAUCUUCUCAAGAACCAACACCUACCUGAUCAUCGCGUUCGUUUGGCUCGUCGCCAUCAUGCACGUCGUCCCAUACUUCUGGUACGAUCAAUGCUAUGUCUAUUAUUCGCCGGCUUCAUGGACAUGGAACUUCGCCGAGACUUAUUGCGGAUUCGUCAUUUCCACUUAUACCGAUUAUUAUACGAGCGUCGGCACUUUUAUAAUAAUGAGCACCGUCGAUUUCGCGACAUUGACGCUUCUCGUGUUCCAUCGAAAGCACACCUAUUUCACGACGAACGAGCAAAGUGUGAAGCGGCGAAAAGUCGAAAUUCGAUUUUUUGUGCAAUCCUGCCUUCAGGGCAUCCUAUUCUUCUACGAGAUUUUCAAUUUCUACUACGUCUCAACACUCAAUGAUAAUCGAUGGUUCGUAUUUUUCACGUCAACGUUCGCCUGGGAGAUUUGCCAUUCUCUUGAUGGACUCGUCGUUUGUUUAUUCCAUUUUCGUUGGAAGAUCUUCUUGCAUAAUUCGAGUGUUCGGCAGCAAUUGUCUCCAACAAAAUCGGUUCAAAACUCGACGAGUCUCCGAGACAACGAUGAAUCGACUAUUCGCUUCAAGACCAUCGAACACGGCUCAGAAUUUUGUGUGGCUUUUAAUGUUACGCAAGCAUCGUCAACAUUUCGCGAAGACGGUCUCGAACCGAUAUCGCUGAUCAUGCACGCCACCUCGCAUUUUAUGAGGGACAUCGAAACGCAAUGCUCAACGCGAAAUUGGAAUGGUCCCAUCUCGGUGUCGCUGUUCAUUGAUCAAUAUUCAGUCGAUGCUGUUGAUUACAUUCAUGAGGUGCAUCGUUGCUCGGCGAAAAUCAAUUCCAAGCUGAAUGUCCACGUCGUCUAUAGAAAAUCGCCGUAUCAGUUAGAGUGCAAUCCGGUGACAAUCAAGAGGUCGUUCAGAAAAUGCGCGACGUUCAACGCAACAAUUCGAUCCCGCGAGCGAAGUCGCAUCAUUCCGCCGUUCGGCAUCUAUCCGAUUAAUGUGAUGCGCAACGUGGCGCGCAUCGGCGCACCGUCGGACAUCCAAAUGCUCGCCGACAUCGAGAUGGUGUUCAGCGAGGGUUUCGCGCUCAAAAUGAAAAAGCUCGCCAAUCAAUAUAUCGAUGGGAAGCAGAAGAAUCUUCUAGUGAUACGGCGCUUCGAGGUUGACAAUAAGGCGAAAAUUCCGAAAGACACUCGCCAACUUUUUCUCAUGAUUAAAGCGUUUCGGGCAUUCGAAUUUCAUCACAAAUAUUUUCCGGCGGGACACACUAUCGAAUCGCUAUGGCAAUGGUUUAGAAUGUCGAAGAACACUACUGAGCCAUAUGCAUGGGAGAUUGAUUACAAAAGCAGCUCAUGGGAGGCGCAAUUCAUCCUCCAUCGCAACGAUCCGCACAACGCCGAAUUCAUGCCGACGCGAAUUCGCGACCAACAAGCGCUCGUCUACGAGCUGUGCCGCGCCGGCUACAAAUUUCUGCUCGUCUCGCACGUGUUCAACGUGCACAAAGGCGUCAAGACGAAAGAGACGAAUCUGUCGUCGGCGGUGCUCACACAUCAGCGACGCCUUCGCGCGCGCGCGUUCCGCAAAUUCAGCACAAUCAUGAACGCGACAUAUCCCGACACGUACAAAUACUGCGGCAAAUUCAUAAUGUAG